AAUAAGAAGAAUACACAAGCCUCUCUGUCUAAAACCCUUUCCAUUAGAUCCGAUUUCUCUCACGGCAUUGGUGAUCAUGUCAUCCACGGAUCUGAAAGCGGAGAAUACGGAUCCUAAAUCUCAAAAUAACCAAGUCCCGUCAGAGGAACUGGGAGACUCGUCAAGUGAUAAUUGGCUAUAUCGAUUCCAAGAUUUCAUGGAAGGAGGUGCUUGCAAAGAAUCAUAUUUGGAUUUAAUUUAUUGCUUUGAUGACGAGGAGCCCAAGUAUUCAGAAAUACUGGAGAAUUGUAUGAAGGCUCAUUCUGAUUACUAUGAGCCCGUUAUCGCACGGUUAGAGACUUGUAAGGAACAGCUGACAAAGGAUUUAGAAGCCGUCUUCCUUCCGUCAACCCUUUUGGAUCAAACGAAAGAAGGAGACAUAGAGAAGGAAGAGAGCUUUAUAGCAUUCAUGAAAGGAGGUAGUUGCAAAGAAUCAUAUACGGCUUGGAGUGAUUGCGCUAAGGAAGCUGAGAAAAACAAGGAAGAUGUCAACAUUAAGUGUGCCGAAGUCUCGGAGAUGUGGAACAAUUGUAUGGAUGCUCAUUCUGAUUACUAUCAUCCAUAUCUCGCGCCCAUUGAAACUGCUGCAAACGACUUUGCCAAGAAGCUCGAAGCCUUUGUCUCUCGGAAGCAAGCUGACUUUGAUCUCUCGCACGGCAUAGGGAUCAUGUCACCCACAGAUCUGAAACCCGAAAAUUCCAACACCAAAACUCAAAAUUACCGAGGUCCGUCAAAGGCACAGCGAGAACGAUAUCGCAUGUUCAUGAUAGGAGGUGGUUGCAAAGAAUCGUUUACGGCUUUUGAAGAUUGCGAAGGGAACACAAUUGUUGAUUGUAGUGAAACCAUGUGGAAGCUGGAUCAGUGUAUGAAGGUUCACUUGGAUUACUAUCAGCCGUAUUAUUCGAUAUGGAAAACUGUCGACGAAAUCGAGGAGAGGAACCGUGAUCCCGUCUUCCCCGCUAAAGAACCAAAGGAAAAAGCUAAGCAGGUGUCUGAGUUCAUGAGAGGUCCUUGCAGAGAAUCAAUAAGGUCUUUUAGACGUCGUGAUGCAGAAUAUACGAGAAACAAUAACACUCUCACGUUCCAUAGGAAACUUGAAGCUUUUGACACCGUGUACAAGUGUAUGGAGGCUCACUCUGAUUACAAUCAAUAUCAAGCGUUUCUCUCGUCAAUGAAAAGACGUUACGAAUAUUAUGAUAAGGAGUUUGACGCGGCUGCGAGGAAGCUAUAGAGAAGGUACAUUAGAAGAUCCAUAACAUUAAUACAAAUCUCUAAAAUAUAUGUUUCACAAUAUAUUUCUCACUUAUAAUGUAAUGGAUCCUUCUCUAUAUAAGCUAUGAUUUCGGUAAUAAAUUUUUAUGCUUUUU